CAUUGUGUAGUACAUCCAGUCCAGACAGAGAAUAGGCCCUCAGAUUCCUAUAUAGACUUCAUUUGCAGCCUCAAGUCUCAUUAAAAGUGGGAGUUAUUUGAAAAGGAGUGUAGGAGAGGGCGAGUGGCGGAGGCUGAUGACAUUGUCCUGUUCCUCUGUGGCCACAUUCCACUGAUCUGACACAGAGAGAAAGAGAGAGAGAGAGAGAGCAAAAGAGAAAUGGAGAGAAAGCAAGAGAGCGAGCGCAGGCCUGUGUGGGGGGAACAUGGGCAGCAGGCGGGUCUUGGCUGGCUCCCUCUCUUCUUCUCUCCACGGAAUAAAGGGGAAUGUGUCUGGGUCUACUUUUGUGCAGGCACUGCUGUAUGCCGCUCCCCCUGGCCUCUGCAGAGCGAACCAAGAGAAAAAAAUAUUGAGCAAGUCUUGCCAAAGCGGCUGUAAAUGGGAGUACACUAUACAUGCAACAGAAAGGGUGGAGAAGGAGCCUGUGAGAAAUGUCUUGGUUGUAUCCAGGACAUGGAGGGAGCAAGAACUGGAGAUGGAGCUGAUAUGUGAACAGAGUGCAGCAGUGCAGAAAAGCUGUGGUCAAGGGCGUGUGUGACAUGAUGCCCGGACAGAUCCCUGACCCCUCAGUGACGGCAGGCUCCCUGCCCAGCCUGGGCCCACUGGCCGGCAUCUCUGCCACCACGCUAACGGACCAGCUUAAAUACGCCGACCUGUGCAGCCUGGGGGCCAUGCUGUCUCCAUUACACCUUCUGGGCAAACUGGGCAAACGUCACCUUCCCAUUAAAGCAGAGAAGGACGAGGAAGAGGAGAGGAGGAAAAGAAGGCGGGAGAAAAACAAAGUGGCAGCAGCACGAUGUCGAAACAAAAAGAAAGAACGAACAGAGUAUCUACAACGAGAAUCGGAGCGUCUGGAGAUGAUGAACUCAGAGCUGAAAGCACAGAUCGAGGAGCUGAAACACGAGCGCCAGCAGCUCAUCCUCAUGCUCAAUCGCCACCGGCCCACGUGCAUCGUGAGGACGGACAGUGUGAAAACCCCCGAGAGCGAGACUAACCCCCUCCUGGAGCAGCUGGAGGCUAAAUGAGGAGGCGCACAGGCUCAGAGUGGUGCCUUUCCACACUUACUGUUUACAGGUUAGCUUUAAGACAGCUAGCUAGAAGCACUUAGCUCUAAGCUCUUGGACAAUUGAGGAGGAACGAGUGAAGCACUCCAGCCUGUAAGCCUGGAGUUUAAGAACCUUUGUGGACCAAUCAGAUUGGGCUAUGUGCUAAAAGUUACAAGUUUUGUAUUACUGUUACAUUUUUCUAUUUGUGGUCAUUCAGUGCCUCAUAGGUUCAUCAUAAUCCAGCAAGUUAAGAGAGAACUUUCGGAGGAGCUCAGUAAUAACAGCACUCUGCAACAUCAUUUCCUCACGGUAUCAUGAAUGACGAUAAGGCUAACAGGCGCAGCAUUGCUAUUUGUGUUUGUGGCCUUUUGCCAACGUAACUGGAUGAUUUGUACUACACUUUGCGUCUUCAUGAUACUGAGUCGUGACUUGCCCUCAAUAGCAUUUUUUUUGACGCUGGCGUCGUGUAUGCACAUAUAUAUAUAUGAACUGUUUACAUCAUUCUGUUUUAUUAGUUACCUACAAUUUAUAUAUUUUCUGAUUUUUAUACUUCUUGUACAUUACAUUAUAUGGACUGUUAUCACUAGAUGUGAUACAAUUUAUAUUUCUGCAACAAAUAGUUAUAUAACCCUUUUUUCUGUGACUUACUCAUUUUGUUUAAUGGCUGUGAAGAAAUGCAAACAAAUAUUAAACGGGAGUCAAUCCUAAAUGGUAUUUUGCAAUAUAAAACAUGUAUUUGGGUAGUAUGUUCUAUAGACUUUAAUGAUUAAAUCACUUCUUCUUUAAA